AUGGCGCCAAGCAUCGCGUACCCCGCACCUUCGCCUUCACCCUCACUCUCACCAUCACACAUUCUCUCGAAAAAACCCCAAAUCAACAUCAACGUCGUCGAAAUCACUGAAAAUGCGGAAUCUAUCUUGGACUCCACAUCCGUCCAACCAGUCGACCCCCUCGACUCCGAGCGAGCCCGCCUACGCGCCCAUCUCGGGCUCGACUCCCCCGCCCCCCAGAUCCAGCCCCUCUUCUUCAUCGAACAAGUCCCCAACACAACUUCCAACACACCGGUAAAAUGUAGUCUCCCAGGAUGCAUAGCGGGCAUAGAGCCCAAUUCCCUCCGUCUAGCGCUGAAUCCGGGCAUGAGCGGGGAUAUCUGGUUUCGGUCUUCUUCUGACUACUACCACAUCCCCUGCUUCGAACGCCUCGCCGACUUCACCCAGUCGUGCUAUCUCGACCGCGUCGUCCCGCUCACCAGGAACACAUUCAAACUGCGCGGCCUGAAACCCUCGUCUGUCUCCGACGGAUCAUACCUCCUCCCCGGCGGCGCAGAGCGACUUAUCCUCGAGUGGAAGGUAACGCGGGGCAUGGAAAUAGAUAGGCGAGACGGGGUGUACGAUGAGGCAUUUUAUCAGCUGGACCCUGAUGUAAAUGAUCUGCUUUAUAGGGCUGGGAGUAGCGGGUUUUGGCCGACUGGAAGGCCCGCGGGGUUGGAUGUUUUUGAGUAUUAUACGCUUGCGCGCACGGUUGCUGUUAAUGAGUGUAGUGGGGGGGAUGAGUGGAAUUUAUUCGAGCAGUUCCUGGGGCAGGAUAAGGGGGAUGGUGUCUGGGGGAGGCAUGAUCUGAGUGCCAUGUUGGGGAGGUGGGAAGAGGCUAUGAAUGUUGCCUGGCAGGAGGGUAAACCAGGUCAGUCCCAGGACAUGGACAGAGUGCUCAGUGCGACUGCUGUCAAGGCGAUCAAGCGGCUUUCGACGGUUCCAACACCGCAGAUUGGGUUUAACUGCAUUUACUCGUAG